AUGAGGAUGUUGGCCUACGGGGCAGCGGCCGACUUUCACGACGAAUAUUUGAGAAUGAGCGCACAACUCAUUCGCAAAUCUCUCAUCAAGUUCGUUGAAGGUGUAAUUUCUGACUUCGGCGAUGAGUACUUGCGAAAGCCCAACGAAGAAGACUUGACAAGACUUCUGCAUAUUGGAGAACAACGUGGGUUUUCAAGAAUGUUGGGUAGUAUUGACUGCAUGCAUUGGGAAUGGAAGAAUAGUCUCACUUCAUGGGCUGGACAACAUGCCGGAAGAAGCGGGAGUUCGACAAUCAUCUUUGAAGCAGUAGCAUCUCAAGAUCUGUGGAUAUGGCAUGCUUUUUUUGGAACUCCAGGUUCGAGAAAUGAUAUUAACGUGCUUGAUCAAUCUCUUAUUUUUGAUGAUAUUUUGGAAGGUCGAGCACCGAAGGUCAACUACAUAGUAAAUGGCCAUGAAAAAAAUAUGGGAUAUUAUCUCACUGAUGACAUAUAUCCUCAAUGGGCGGCAUUUGUCAAAUCUAUACUAGGUCCACAAACGAUGAGGCACAAGUUGUUUGCUCGACAUCAAGAGUCUGCUCGAAAAGAUGUUGAACGAGUUUUUGGUGUUUUGCAAGCUCAUUUGCUUUUAUCAAAUGUCCAUGUCUUAUUUGGGAUCGUGAUAUUAUGGGGAAAAUAA